AUGAGCAGAAACAAAUUGGCUCCCGAAGUUAAUCGCGCUCUCUUCGUCAAGAACCUCAGCUACAACGUCUCCACCGAGGAGUUGUUCGACCUCUUUGGCAAGUUCGGCCCAAUUCGCCAGAUCCGCCAGGGUAUCGCAUCCAACACCAAGGGCACCGCAUUCGUCGUCUACGACGAUGUCAUGGAUGCGAAGUCAGCCUGCGACAAGCUGAACGGAUUCAACUUCCAGAACCGCUAUCUGGUCGUCCUCUAUCAUCAGCCCGAAAAGAUGGCCAAAAGCCAAGCAGAUCUCGCCGAGCGUCAGGAGAACUUAGAAAAGCUCAAGCGCGAGCACGGUAUCGACUAG